AUGAGAGGUGUUCUUGGAUCAUGCACUCAACUUUUCAUAACAGUGGGAAUAUUGCUGGCAUAUGUCUGUGGACAUUACUUUGGCUGGCGAGACCUGGCAUUUAUAGGUGCUGUCCAAGCAGCCCUAGCACUGGUCAUGUCAUGUUUCAUCCCAGAAACACCCCGAUGGUUGCUGGACAGGAACAAGAAGGCUGAAGCCAUCCAGGCCUUGAAGGUUCUACGUGAUUCGCAUAUGGAUGUCCAGGAGGAAUGCCGAGACAUUGAAGAAGGCCUUGAUCCACAAGAGGAGUUUGCUUGGUCGGAAUUUCUGCAGAAACCGGAACUAUCCACACCCCUCUUUAUUGCACUUACACUUUCUGUAUUCCAACAGCUUAGCAGAGUUUCUGCGGUCACAUUCUAUACUGUGUCAAUAUUUGAAUCUGCAAUUCCAGAUCUUGCCCAUGGUGCUACCGUGGCUGUUGGUGCUGUCCAAGUGGUAGCUACAUUUGCUGCCUGUCUCCUGAUGGAUCGAGCUGGACGAAGGAAACUGUUGAUCAUCGCUGGAUUAAUUAUGUCAGCAACUCUCUUCAUAUUUGGGCUUUACUACAGGCUGCUAGCCAGCAAUUCCUUGAACAAUACCAUGAAAACCUGGCUUCCUGUCUGCUCACUCAUGAUCUAUAUUGUCGGAUUUUCUUUGGGAUGGGGACCGAUUCCUAUGCUUGUCAUGUCUGAAAUACUUCCUUUUCGUGCAAGAGGAACAUCCAGUUCAAUUGUAAUCCUUGGUAACAACUUGGUGGCUUUUGUGGUGACUAAAGAACUCAUGACGAUGCAAAGGGUUCUUUGACCAGAUGGAACCUUCUUUCUGUUUGCGCUCUUUUGUCUGAUGUCUGUAAUGUUUGUCUGGAAAUACCUUCCCGAAACCAAAGGAAAGCCCUUGGAAAAAAUCGAACAUUACUUUAUGUAA